AUGAAUAAAGGUGAACAAGGACAACAGGGAGGGGAGCGCAAGCAAGCCAAGACAAGGGAACAAGAGGACCAACAACAACAAAGAACCAAGGCUGGGAGCAGUGAACAACAACGUGAACAACAAAAGGAGGAGGAAUGGAAAAACAAAUGGAGGAUAGUCGAGAGCACAACAGUAAUGAAGGGAAAACAUCACAAACAGCACAGAACAGGUCCAAUGAAGACCAACACCAAAAAUCACAGGACAAGCAAACAUGAAACAACGGGAAAAACAAGAGCACAUGUACAACAUCAAGAUCAAUCAGAGGAAGAAAGACAAAAUACCAGCAAAAAUAGCAAAAACAAAAACCAAGUGGAGGAGAAAAUUGCUGGUAACCAAAACAAAGGGGCUAUGGCAAAGGAUAUGGGAGCAAAAGCAAUUACUAGCAACCAAGAAAAGACACCCAAAAGCAAGAACAAACCUAGCAAAACAAAAGAGAAGCUGCAAAAAAGAGACAGAAUCAGUAGCAUGAUAACAAUAAGCAGGGGGAACAACAAACUAGUGGAGAAACUUGCAAGAAAUUCAUAA